UACAAAUAAUGAAAAUGAGUUGCGCUUUUAUGUCCAGGAAAUUGCCUUUUCAAUGUCCUUUCCGUAAUUACGAAUUGUCAGUCGGCGAGUCUCUCACAAGGACCAAACAUGCACCGCGUACUUUUUCUGUGUUCGCUACUGGGAAUUGGGUACGUCAACAUGUUUACCCUCACCAACUUUGUGAUAUCGACCCUUGAAAAUUGCGACCCGAACAAUGCCAGCGAAAUGUUCUUGCGAGUCACGAAGACGUCGGGACGCCAGUACUUGGACUUUUCGAUCAAUUUUAAAAGUCCGUUCGACGAGAAGAUCGGUUUUACCACGUCCAUCAGUUCCUCUGCGGAUGGGGCGCGUUAUACCAAACUAUUCGACAUCCGCGACAAGUACGCGUGCAAAGGCGCGAAUAAGUACCUGGGGCAGUUCUGGUACGAGAUCCAGCAAGCUGCGCAGUACCCUCCAGGCGUCUGCCCAAUGCCGAAGAGGCGCUACCGAGCGCGAAAUCACUCAUUGGAUUUUUCAAAAAUUGCUCUUCAAACUUUCCCAUUUGGCAAGUUGAGGAUCAAGAUAUUGGUAUUUGAAAACGCGGCGCCAGAGAAUAUUUUCUAUUGUAUUACCACAGAUCUCUUCAAUGUGGAUAAUUAA